UUUGAAUUUGUGUAAUUAGUGCAUAUCCAAAGUGGUCUUUAGACUGUGUGUGCAAAAAAAAUAGUUAACACCUAAGUUGGAAUGUUCAAAAGUUUACUAAUCUUGGCGGCCUUAGGGCUAGCCUUGGCCCGGCCGAACGAUGAAUCUGGUCCAGUGGGCCGCUAUUUGGAACCUCACCCAGACUGCCCUCCAGCUGAGACCCACUUUCUCCUUCCUCACGAGUAUGACUGCACCAAAUUCUACUACUGUGAAUAUGGGCUGAAGUAUAUCGAACCGAGAGACUGUGCUCCAGGAACCGAAUUCAAUGCUCAAAUUCAGGUUUGUGUACAUCCUGCUCAAUCUGGAUGCCAUCUUCCUGGACCUGGACCAUGGCCUUCAUCAAGUUCGACUACAGCGUCAUCAGGUACUACAACUACACAGACGCCUUCAACUACAACUACAACAACUCCAACGACUACAACAACUCCAACAACCACAACUUCAACCACAACCACUACAACUCCAGCGCCAACAACUACAACUUCAACAACAACUACUACUACAACUCCAGCGCCAACAACUACAACUUCAACAACAACUACUACUACAACUCCAGCGCCAACAACGACAACUUCAACAACAACUACUACAACAACUCCAGCGCCAACAACGACAACUUCAACCUCAACCACUACAACUGGACAACCAAUUUCAUCAACAACUCAAGUAUCAUCAUCUACAACUGGUGCUUCGUCUAGCUCCAUUUCUCCACCAGACUGUGAUUUCCUGGACAAUGGAUGCCCAGCUGACUUUGAUGUCCACUGGCUUCUCCCUCACGAGGUCUACUGCAACAAAUUCUAUUACUGUGACAAGGGACAGCUUGUUGAGAGGAUCUGCGCUCCUGGUACCGUGUUCAGCCCUAUCGUAGGCGUUUGCGUCCACCCAUGGGAUUAUGACUGCGGAGACAAAGGUAUCGCUGACCCACCAGCCACAGAGAACCCCCCAAUCGACGAUGAUAACAAACCCUGCAACGGUACUGACAAUGAUAUCGGAGAAGUUCUUGAUAACGGUUGCCCAGCUGACUUUGACGUCCACCAUCUUCUGCCCCACGAGACUGAAUGCGAUAAAUUUUACUACUGCGUCCAUGGCGAGAAAGUCGAACGGUCUUGCGCUCCUGGCACCCACUUCAACUACGAAAUCCAGGUAUGUGACUGGCCUCAUAAUGUGAACUGUGUACCUGGUGGUGGUGGAACCAACCCUGGAAGCGGAGAAGGAUCCAGCUCGGAAAGCAUUGAGAUCAAUGACCCAAAUCCCGGCUGCAAUGGCAACUGUCCACCAGAUGGUGGCAACGACAAUGACUUUGUACCUCUCCCCAAUGGAUGCCCAGCGGACUUUGACAUCCAUCAUCUGCUGCCUCAUGAGAGCGACUGCAGCAAGUUCUACUACUGCGUCCAUGGACAGAAAGUAGUGACCAGCUGUGCACCUGGAACUCAUUUCAACCCUGUUCUUCAGGUCUGUGACUGGCCCCACAACGCUGGCUGUGAACAGUCCUCCAAUUGCCCCGGUGGCAAUAGCUGCCCUGGAGAAGGUGGCGACCAACCAGGAGAUGGAGGUGACCAACCCGGAGACGGAGGCAACCAACCCGGUUGCGAUGGUAACUGUCCAGGCGAUGGAGGCGACCAACCAGGAGACGGAGGCGACCAACCCGGAGACGGAGGCGACCAACCAGGAGACGGAGGCGACCAACCAGGAGAUGGAGGCGACCAACCAGGAGAUUGCAACGACAAUGACUUUGUACCUCUCCCCAAUGGAUGCCCAGCGGACUUUGACAUCCAUCAUCUCUUGCCUCAUGAGAGCGACUGCAGCAAGUUCUACUAUUGCGUCCAUGGACUGAAAGUAGAGACCAGCUGUGCACCUGGAACUCAUUUCAACCCUGUUCUUCAGGUCUGCGACUGGCCACACAACGCUGGAUGCGAACAGUCCUCCAAUUGCCCCGGUGGCAACACCUGCCCCGGAGAUGGAGGCGACCAACCCGGAGAUGGAGGCGACCAACCCGGAGAUGGAGGCGACCAACCCGGUUGCGGUGGUAGCUGUCCAGGAGAUGGAGGUGAUCAACCAGGAGAUGGAGGCGAUCAACCAGGAGAUGGAGGCGACCAACCAGGUGGCAACGACAAUGACUUUGUACCUCUCCCCAAUGGAUGCCCAGCGGACUUUGACAUCCAUCAUCUCUUACCCCAUGAGAGCGACUGCAGCAAGUUCUACUACUGCGUCCAUGGACAGAAAGUAGAGACCAGCUGUGCACCUGGAACUCAUUUCAACCCUGUUCUUCAGGUCUGCGACUGGCCCCACAACGCUGGCUGUGAACAGUCCUCCAAUUGCCCCGGCGGCAACACCUGCCCCGGAGAUGGAGGCGACCAACCAGGAGAUGGAGGCGACCAACCCGGAGAUGGAGGCGACCAACCCGGUUGCGGUGGUAGCUGUCCAGGAGAUGGAGGCGACCAACCAGGAGAUGGAGGCGACCAACCCGGAGACGGAGGCAACCAACCCGGUUGCGAUGGUAACUGUCCAGGAGAUGGAGGCAAUGACAAUGACUUUGUACCUCUCCCCAAUGGAUGCCCAGCGGACUUUGACAUCCAUCAUCUCUUGCCCCAUGAGAGCGACUGCAGCAAGUUCUACUACUGCGUACAUGGACAGAAAGUAGAGACCAGCUGUGCACCUGGAACUCAUUUCAACCCUGUUCUUCAGGUUUGUGACUGGCCCCACAACGCUGGAUGUGAGCAGUCCUCCAAUUGCCCCGGUGACAAUAACUGCCCAGGAGAAGGAGGAGACCAACCAGGAGAUGGAGGCGACCAACCAGGAGAUGGAGGCGACCAACCAGGAGAUGGAGGCAACCAACCCGGCUGCGAUGGUAGCUGUCCAGGAGAUGGAGGCGACCAACCAGGAGAUGGAGGUGACCAACCCGGAGAUGGAGGCGACCAACCAGGAGAUGGAGGUGACCAACCCGGAGAUGGAGGCGACCAACCAGGAGAUGGAGGCGACCAACCCGGAGAUGGAGGCAACCAACCCGGCUGCGAUGGUAGCUGUCCAGGAGAUGGAGGUGAAAACCCCGGUGGUGAUCAACCAGGCGAAAACAACCCAUGCGUAAACGAGUGCAAUGUUGCCCCUUGGGCCUCAGACGACUGCGACAAGUAUUGGAUCUGUGUAGGUGACAAGAAAGUUCAAGUGACCUGCUCUGAAGGUCUUCAUUUCAACCCAGUUACAUUGACCUGUGACUUCCAUUGCAAUUCAGGUUGUGAGAGGAGAAAUAUAGAACUCACUGAACACUACGAUGGAGUCAAAGUCUUCCUUCCUUGGAGCAAACUCAGCGGCGAAAUGAAACGUAUCUUAACCAUGGACGAGUUGUAAACGGUUCAAUGCUUGUAAAUAGAUUGUAAAAUAAAAAAUGCAUAUUGUAAAUUAUGCGUUACAAAUAUUUAUUCCUUAUAAAAUAGAUUCUCUUUGAUUGAAAUUGUCACUGUUAUAUCUGAGAUAUUAAAAUUGUUUAUAUUUGUUCCUGUUUAAAUUCAUGAAUGUAGAAUAUUUAUAAAUGAAUCUUAAAUGUCUCUUUUAAAUUGUUUAAUCAAUGUUGCAAGAAGAUAUUUGAGGUAAAUGUAAAUUUAUUUUACUUAUAAGUAGUUUAUGAAUCAUAAAUUCAUGAUUGUGAUCAGGAAACAAACGAAAAAAAUUGUAAACCUAAAAUUAAUAAAAGAAAGGAAUGUAAAUAAAACGUAUUUAUUUCAUAAAAUAAUAUUUUAUUUUGUAAAUGAAUCAUAAAUUUUGUAAAAUAAAUUUAUUAUAAAAUUGACAAUUUCACUCGUUUCUAGCGUAAUGUCUUAUGUUAAGUUUAUCCUAGUCUAAAAUUAAAUAAGGCACAAUUAAAUUAAAUUAUUUUUUA